AUGACAGGCAAAGACCUCAAAACGCUAGGACAAGAACUCCGCAGGAUGGAGAGGUAUCAAGAGUUGACCAGGAUGGACCAAGACAGCCGAGAAACCAACCCAUGGGCCAACGCCUUGCACCAGGACGUCCAUGACAACAGCUCUCCCAACCCCAAAGACACCACCAACAACAACACUCCCUGUCGUCGCCACGCAUCCGAGCUUGCACGCUCAUCAGGAGCCCUCCCUACUCCGCCCGAUACACCACCACCAUCUUCAUCUUCAUGUUGCCCGCCACCACCACCACCAGCUUACACACCCCCUCCCACCGCCCAAGCUCGUGCUCGCGCCCGUCUUGGCUACGUCGGCGCCAAAUCAUCCCUACCCAACACCUUUUCCCCCUGGGGCGAAGGUACAGCCGGCACAGACAUCUACAGCCUUGACAUCGACAGACCAGCACAAGACAGGCCGCGGCAGCCGCCGCCAUACAUCUUCCACGCCCGCGAC